AUGGCUGUCGGAAAGAAUAAGAGAUUGAGUAAAGGAAAGAAGGGAAUUAAGAAGAAGGUCGUCGACCCUUUCACCCGUAAGGACUGGUACAACAUCAAGGCUCCCACCACCUUCGAGAACCGUGAUGUUGGUAAGACUUUAGUCAACAGAUCCACUGGUCUUAAGAACGCCAAUGACGAGCUCAAGGGCCGUAUUGUCGAUGUCUCUUUGGCUGAUUUACAAGGACAAGAGGACCACUCUUUCCGUCGUAUCAAGCUCAGAGUUGACGAGGUCCAAGGCAAGAACUUGCUCACCAACUUCCACGGUUUGGACUUCACUUCUGACAAGCUCCGUUCUUUCGUUAGAAAGUGGCAAACUUUGAUCGAGGCCAAUGUCACUGUCAAGACCUCUGAUGACUACGUUAUCCGUCUUUUCGCCAUUGCCUUCACCAAGAGAUCUGCCAACCAAAUCAAGAAGACCACAUAUGCCCAAAGCUCUCAAAUCCGUCAAAUCAGAAAGAAGAUGGUUGAGAUCAUGACCAGAGAGGCUUCUAACGUCACUUUGGCUCAACUCACUGCCAAGCUCAUUCCUGAGGUCAUUGGCCGUGAAAUCGAGAAGGCCACUCAAGGUAUCUACCCUCUCCAAAACGUCCACGUCCGCAAGGUCAAGUUGCUCAAGCAACCUAAGUUCGACCUCGGUGCUUUGUUGGCUCUCCACGGUGAGGGUGCUGGUUCUGAGGAGACCGGCAAGAAGGUUCCUAGAGAAUUCAAGGAUGUUGUUCUCGAGUCUGUUUAA